AUGCAGCUCCCACGAGCUGGGAUGACGUCCCGGGAGACUUCUCCCAAAGAAGCCCUCGGUUUCCGAGCCUCGGCUUUGACUUCUCCCAAAGAGGGCCGCACGGUCGGAAAGCAGUCGAUGCUUUCGCGAUAUUUCGCAUCAAAGCGUACUUCGCCAUCGCCAGAGGAUCGUGUUCAAGCAAGCUUGGCAGACGUCGCAGAUGGUGCUUGCAGGACGCUUCAUCAAAGCUCACAGCGCCAUAAGCCUUGCGCGAGGCAAUUGCUCGAAGGUUUGCCGCAAGCAGACCGACAAGAAACUUUGACCUGGAUGGCACAGGCAUUCGAGGUCAUGAGCUUUCCGGAUACUUUGCUGUUCGAUACAGCAAUGUUGCUGGAUCGGUACUAUGCCAGCCUGCCCAAGGAGGACUUCAAUACUGCAGAAUCGCAAAGAAGGCUGUUGGCAGCCGUUUGUGUGGCGCUGAAAACUGGAUCCAACGUAGAACCGCAGCUGCCGCUGCGACAGGUGGUUGCGCAUCUGGGGCACGACGAGGUUCCCUUUGACGAUGUCAUUGCCGCUGAGCUUGUCAUCCUGAGGAAGCUUAGGUUUGACGUGGGUACGCCGACUUCACGAGACUUCCUAGAGGCGCUUGGUGCCAGGCUGAGCAAUUUCCAAGCGCCUGAUCGAGCCCAACACUUGGCAGAUUUCUUGCUGCAGCUGUCCCUGGCAGAUGCUGGUUUGCAUUACAGGUAUCCGCACUCGAUGCUGGCUGCUGCAGCCCUGCUUCUGGCCCUCUCGGUAACCUGCGCUCCAGCAGCCGCGCAGACGGCGAUAUUGGAGGACCUGGAGUUGCACUUUCCAGAGGCCGUGGAUCAACAUACCACUUUGGCAAACUGCGGACGUGAUUUGCAGUCACUCUGGCUCAUGACUUUUGCCAACCAAGAGAACAUGUACCUGAAUCAUAUCCGCCUGAAAUUCUCGCGUGCCAACUAUCGUUCAGUUUCGACGCUUCGGCCUCCGGGGGCACCCAUCGCGAUUGUCCCCAGCAAGGCUCCAGGAAUGCCUGGUGUUGGGCAGCCGGAGGAGCAACAGGCAGCACUCCGCCCUUCCAAGCCAAGUCUGGACAGUUCUGUGAUACCUCGUCACGAUGAGAGCGCUGCCAAGCAGGGACCAAUUUCAUUCUGCCUUCCUUGUGGGCGCAUUUGGAAGCUUCCAGAUCCGCACAACGGGCUCUGUACGCACUGCGGGAGCCAGGUCGAGGUGGUCGAUCCCGAGGCACAUCCUGCAUCUCAGUUGCAAUGGGCGACUCUUCUGUCUGCAAGGCUCCGGAUCCUCUCGCAGGCUUCGUGGAAGGUCCGCGGCAUCGCUGAGCACACUUGUCCCCCUGACAUCAGGCACUUCCCGAACAACUCUCUCGUUCAAAGCUUGCGAGCAUCGAAGGCUCGUACAUAUGCUGCUAACAAGAUGACAUCGAAGAUCUGCAGUGCUGAUAGACGGCCGCGUGCUGCUUCUUGGUGCGGGCAGCGUCUUUCUGCAAGGACGGUUGUGCCAGCUCAAGAGUGA